CUUAGUAGACCAAUUUUGACUGGGUCAAAAUUCUCCAAUCUGCUUCUUCACGCCUCCUUUCUGCCAUACAUAUUGGAUAGAGCUUUGACUAGGGCCACUGGGUAAGGAAGAAUAUUAAACUGAGUUCAGAAUUCGUCCAUCCUUGGUUGAGGCCUUGCCGGGUCUGCUGAUAGGCGGAGGCAGUGCUCUGCUUCGCCGCUUCCCAGGAGGUCAUGAGAUGCUAGCACCUCGAGUUGUAUAACGACUGCGGCACCUCGGGUUGUGUAUAGUGGCGACGACACCUAUUGAUCCGAGUUCGCAGGGACCGUCGCAGCGACCAUGGAGAAGGAAGCUAUGGCCUUGAAUCUGCUUCGCCAGGUCUCAAGCGGCCAUUAAUGGCUGAAGCUUUGAUAGCAGAUCCGGAUUUUCGAGAAUAGGACCAGUAGGUGAGGCAUGUUCCGCACCCGCCGCUGCUGAGGUCAUGUGGAUGACGGGGAUGUCCAUGUCGACGUUGGAGUUCCAUGGGGGGUCUGGUGCGGACUGCGAAAGUGCGAAGCCUUCCCCUGCCGGCCUUCGCAGAUUUCAGAUCUGUUUUUUUUUUUUAAAUGCAAAAACCUUUCUCUGGAAUCAAUUUUGGCUCAAUUCUCAAACUAUAAUGAAUUUUUCAUAGUUUUUCACUAGUUAGUGCUAUUUUCUCUUCCAAGUUCUACCGACAAAUGAGAGAUUAGCUCUCAAUGAAAGCACCAAUGUUGGUAGAAAAUAACCCGGGUAGAGAAACUAGCAGCAUUUCAGUAUAGUAGAAAAAGCGUAGAGAAUACAUGGGGGGUGAUGGCCUAUUUAUAGGCAUCCAUCACAAGUCCAAAGUCUAACCUACGUGGGCUUGGCCCAAAUACAUAAUACAUCUUGAAGCUAAUGGGCGAACCGGCCUGAUAAAUAAAUAAAUGAGCAAGGGGCGAUUCCCGCUCGUGAGACUGCGUCUUGGGCCUAGUUGGGCCAGAGCUCGGGGAUAACGGGCCGAUGGCACUGGGCCUGGGAUAUUAUCCCAACAGACAGGCAAUUCGUUUGAAAAAGAACAAGAUUUUCUGUCAAAAUGCCUAUGUACACAAGCAGUGUACAUUUUGUGCACAAAGUUGGGGUACACCAAGCAUCACUCAUCUUUGGAUAUAGACUAUAAGUUAAGUGUAAAGGGAAUCCGGCCACAUUGAAGGGUACCUGUCGCAAUUCUAAAGGUAUACACUUUUUCUUGUGUACACACUUUUACAUAUGUCUGUAUAGACACUUUUUUGUAUGUACGGACAAAAUGUCUGUAUAGACACUUUUUUUUUUGGACAAAAUGUAUUUGUCCCCCAAUACGUUUUGUCUGCACAAUAAAAAAUGGCUAGCAUGUGUCUCAAGUCCAACUCAGGCUGUGUUUUCCUUUGAUUGUGAAAAGCACUUUUAGCUUUUUUUUAAAAAAAAGCAAUUUGGAGUGAUUGCAAAAGGCUGCUUUAGCUUUUAUAAAAGUGCUUUUGGGUAGAAGCUGGAAGCUACUCCCAGCUGCUUCUAUCUGCUUUUGAGGUUAUUUUGUAAAUUAUACCAUCUCAUUUAUCCAACUUUAUCAAACAAUCAUUUUUUUACCAAACAUUCCAACUUUAACUUUUUCAUUUUAAUCACUUCUAUUCUCAAACACUCCCAACUUUUACCAUUAAUCACUUUUCAAAAUCACUUUUUUAAAAUUUAAGCAAUAGCAAACAUAGCCUCGAAAAUAUAAGCCCAGCACGAGGUAUAUAAACACAAAACGCUGAGGAAUGAGGCAUGAAGUCAGAAAUUCUGAACCUCGGCCAAGAAGAUGGAGUUUGCCAAGAGGAAAGCUGCGACUUUAGCUGCAAUGAACUCGCCGGAGCCGGACAAAUCUCCGAAAGGCAGCAUAGACGCACCCAUCGUUCCCCUACUCACAACCAUCAACUCCCAUCCUUUUUAUUUCACCACCAGCUCUUGCUCCGGCCGCAUCUCCAUCUUCGCCCACCCCACCACACCUUCUUCAACCAACCCUAAAAAGGCCAAAGGUGGGAAAUGGGUCUUCAUCUCACACGACCCAGUUGAUCCUAACUCAGUUUUACCACUUCUGUUUGGAAGCGAGUCGACUCAGGUCGAUCCACACCACAGCCUAGUAUUCAGGUUCGAGCCUCUAAUUAUUGCCAUUGAGUGUAAAGACGUGGAAGCGGCUCAGUGGUUGGUCUCAUUGGCCAUAUCGUGUGGGUUUAGGGAGAGUGGGAUCACUAGUGCCACUAAAAAGAGAGUGAUAAUAGCUAUCAGGUGCUCCAUUCGAUUGGAAGCUCCUUUGGGGUAUAGCCAGAAAUUAAUGGUUUCGACGGAAUACUUGAAGUAUAUUGUUGAGCUUGCUAAUGAGAAGAUGAGUGCUAAUAGAAAGAGAACUGAUGGGUUUCUUGAUGCUCUGUUAAAGAAAGGAUCUUUUGGGCAUCAUAUUAGCAAUGGAGAGAUUUUGGGCAAAUAUGAAGUGGAUAGUGAUGAAUCUUCACCUUGUCUGGAUGGGCCCGAGUCAGAAUUCUUGGAAAGUUCUUCCACACAUUUGAAUGAUACAAAAUGUGGAUACAUUCCCUUAAAAUAUGACAGCCAAUCUGAAUCUUUAAAUCAUUGACAGGAUCGUUGGUUUUUGGUUUGAACCUAUCGAGCACUCAAAUGCUAAUCACUGGCGAGUCAAUUGAAAGGAUUUUCCUGUGGGGUCACUCUGCUUCUGCAAUUGAUGAUGCAUUUGACAAGAAGGUUCUCAUUUUUGGUGGGUUUGGAGGUCCAGGCAGACAUGCACGAAGAAACGAUUUGCUGAUUCUUGACCUAGAAUUCAGUAGAUUAGAAGUUGUUGAUGUUCAGGGAAUGCCAUUAUCACGUGUGGGUCAUACGUCUUUAAUAGUUGGAAAGCAUAUGUAUGUGAUUGGUGGAAGAGCUGACCCACUAAAUAUUCUGAAUGAUGUGUGGGCUUUUAGUUUGAACAAGAAAGAAUGGAAGCUCUUGCAGUGUUCUGGCUGUUUAUUUCCACCAAGACAUCGACAUGCAGCAGCAGCGGUGGGUUCAAAAAUAUAUAUAUUCGGAGGAAUUCAGGCUGAUGUUAUAUUGUCAUCAUUACAUGUACUUGACACAGAAGCCAUGACAUGGACUGAACAUCAAGCCGAAGGAGAGCAUCCAUGUCCCCGUCACUCCCACUCCAUGGUUCCAUACGGAACCCAACUAUAUAUAUUUGGGGGAUAUGAUGGGGAGAAACCCCUAGGUGACCUUUUUAGUUUUGAUACAGAAACGCUUCUCUGGAAGAAGGAAACUAUCCAUGGUAAACUGCCAAGUCCUAGGUUUUCCCACUCUAUGUUUGUUUAUAAGAAUUUUAUUGGCAUUAUCGGAGGAUGUCCCGUUACUCAAAGUCAAUAUGAACUGUCCUUGCUUGAUAUGCGUUCACACCAAUGGAAGCAUAUUGUGGUCAAUUCCUUAGAAAAUGAUCUUUUAGUUAGAAGCACUGCUAACAUUAUAGGUGAUGACUUAAUCAUGAUUGGUGGUGGGGCUGCAUGUUACGCAUUUGGUACCAAGUUCAGUGAUCCGGUGAAAAUAAACCUUUUCCCACUGUUGUCACUGAAAAGUGGAGAGCUUGGAGAAUCUGGUGAAGAAAGUGGAAAAUCUAUUGAUGGUUCCUUUUGGGCUAUAAGGAUUGAAAGAAAAUAUGCAAAGUUGGUGAAAGACGUUUUGAAAAAAAUUGGAUGGUUAGAUCUUCGAAGAAAGGUUUACUCGCUUGAUGAUGGAAUACAUAUAUGUUUGCCUGUGACAGAAUUUUUUUCCUCAAUAUUUCCUGAUAAGAGAACAGACUCUUCUGCUUAUUUCGAUUCUUCAAAACCGAUCUUUGAAAGUGAAAAUCCUUUAAAAGAUAUUUCCAGUUCAACGGAAUUCAAAGCAUUGAAAGUUCUUACAGAAUGUCAUGCAACGAAAAUUGAAGAUAAAGUUGUAAAAGUGAAAAAGGCAUCAAACACUUCUUUAGAAGUAAUGAAGGAAUCUGUAGUCUCUUUAAUCAGUCAAAGGGGAUUGCCGUUACAACUCUUAGAUCAGCUACCAUCAAGAUGGGAGCGUUUGGGUGAUAUUGUAGUGCUUCCUAGGACGUGCUUCAAGGAUCCUCAGUGGGAUUCUAUUGGGACGGAGCUUUGGAGUGCGGUUGCGAAGUCACUUGGAGCUCGCCGGCUUGCUCGACAAGGCAGAAUAUCUCCAAGUGGCACAAGAGAUAGUAAUUUGGAGAUGCUAAUUGGAGAUAAUGGGUGGGUACAUCACCGUGAAAAUGGAAUUUUAUAUUCAUUUGAUGCUACAAAGUGCAUGUUCUCCUGGGGCAAUCUCUGUGAGAAGCUAAGAAUGGCCCACCUUGACUGUACAGAUGAAGUUAUAGUGGAUUUAUUUGCUGGGAUUGGAUAUUUUGUGCUUCCCUUCCUUGUGAGGGCUAAUGCCAAGCUGGUAUACGCUUGUGAGUGGAACCCCAUGGCUAUUGAGGCACUCCGCAACAACCUUGAGGAAAAUCUCGUGGCUGAUCGUUGUGUAGUGCUUGAAGGAGACAAUCGAAUUGUAGCACCAAAAGGUGUUGCACAUCGUGUUUGCCUUGGGCUCUUGCCGUCAAGUGAGGGAAGUUGGGUCACUGCUGUGAGAACAUUAAGGGAAGAGGGUGGGGUGAUGCACAUUCACGGGAAUGUGAAGGACUCGGAAGAAGUCUCAUGGACCCAACAUGUUUUACAGUCUAUUGAAGAUAUCGCCAGAUCCGAAGGUCGUGUUUGGGACAUUUCAGUAGAACACAUGGAGAGAGUGAAGUGGUAUGCCCCUCGCAUUCGCCAUCUUGUUGCAGAUGUAAGAUGCAGGAGGCGUGGUGAAUAGGGAUGAGUGAUACAUGUAAGAUACUAAGAUAUCCUUGCUUCUGCAAGAAAGCUAUUUCUGGAGGUCAGGUGGAUUGCAUGUGAAGAAUAUGCCGAAGUGAGUGCUGUUUUUAAGUUUUAGAAAGCGAAAAAUAAAAACGGUUUCUUUAAUUUUAAAUUUUGAACUUGAGAUUUCUUUGAGUUAAAUGAUUUUUAAAGCAUGAUGCCUUUAACUACCAAGGUUCCUAAAAUAUAGGUGGACCUGGACCACCUGGUCGAGCUCCGGUUUCGGUCUAGCCGGUUCAGGGUCCAAAGAAUGAGUGACCUGUAACCAGGACCAGAUAGUCUGGAUAUGGGUCCGUUUCUGAUCCCAAACUGGUUUAUAUCGUAUUUAAAAAAAACCUGAACUAGUUUGCCCCGGGCUAUUAUGGAUUCACUGGAAUCAGUUCUAACCCACUUCAGCCCAGAAUAAUAAAAAGAGAAAUUUACUAUUCACCCCCUAAGGUUAUGUCAUAAUUAUUAACGCAACCUUGCAUUUUCAAAAAUCAACUAGUUACCCCCUGAGUUUGGAUCAUUCUCGUUUUUUGCCCCUUCACGUUAAUAUUUGUUAAAUUUAAAUUUAAUAUAAUUCUUAAAUUCAAUGAAAAAUGUCUAUAAUAUUAAUUGUUAAUGUAAAACAAAUUAUUAUCAUAACUAUAAGUCAUUGUUGUUGACCAUUGUUUUUCUACUUAGCUACUCCAUCGUGGAAUUAAUAUUAUUGAGAGGAAUUAAGUGAAAAUAAUCACAAAGCAAGUAAGAUAUAAAAAUAUCAUGAAUUUUUAAUAUUUUUAUUUUAAAAAAUUAAAUAUCAUCCAAUAUUAUAAAACGAAUAAACUUUUUACACUCAAAAAAUAUUUUGUAAAGAUAAAAUCAUCACAAAUUAGUAACAGAGUUAUUAACAAUUUUUUUAAAAUAAAUUAAAAUAUGUGAUAUUUUAGGUUUAAGAUCACACAUUAUAUAAAAAAUUCUUUUUAUGUAUCCCAUGAAUAUGACUCGUGAGUCUUCCCCUUGACUACUCUCUUAAUAGUUACUCCAUGAUCGAGUAGUUAAGUAGAAAAACAAAUGAUCAUCAACAAUGACUUAUAACUGUGAUAAUAAAUUAUAUUAUAUUUUAAAAAUUAAUUUUAUAUACAACUUUCAUUGAAUUUAAGAGGUAUAUUAAACUUAAUUUAACAAAUAUUAACGAGGGGUAUAUCGUGAGAAUAAUAAAAAUGGACAGCCAGUCCAGUAUUUUAUCUGCAAGGUCCUGGUUUGAUCCGGUUCCGAAACUGGCACUGGGCCCACUGCUGUCAUACAGUAUUGAUGACCCAAAUUAUAAGCAUCGGUGGCUAGAGUGCAACGCAAGAGAAGAGUUACUACAUGGCCGGAUCUGAUUGUUGUGGCUUUGGUUGUGGUUGCAUUUGACCAUUUGUUACUGCAAUGUACUCUAAGGUGGCUGCCACUCAAGAGGAGCCACGGUGGUUGUUGCCGUCAUUGUCCCCUGGCCUCAUUUAACUUCCCCUUCUUACCUUCUUUAUUUUACUGCAUGCCAUGUUGUUGGACUUGUAGGGCUUGGGGAUGUCAAACUCCAGAUGUUACUCCAAAAUCCAAAUUUAACCGUGGGUAGAUUGUCGGGGCAGCAACGUGCUCUAGUCGCUGUAACGUACAGUGAAAAUAAACUUGCUUAACUAAUACUAUGUACUAUAUUACGGAUUACUAUGGUAUUUUGCUAGAAUGAUUUUUUACUCCCC